UCUCGGUCGCGGAUUGGUGGGCUUGGAUCACGUGGGCACACCUCGCCCCCUUUCUCGCGGCAGGGGGCCCGCCCGCUGGUUUGUUUCCGGUUCGGUGGGUCCAAGAUGACGGAGCCGGGCGCCUCUCCCGAGGACCCCUGGGUUAAGGUGGAGUAUGCCUACAGCGACAACAGCCUGGACCCCGGGCUUUUUGUAGACAGCACCCGCAAGGGGAGUGUAGUGUCCAGAGCUAAUAGCAUCGGUUCUACCAGUGCCUCUUCUGUCCCCAACACAGAUGACGAGGACAGUGAUUACCACCAGGAGUCCUACAAGGAGUCCUACAAGGACCGACGGCGGCGAGCACACACUCAGGCCGAGCAGAAGAGGAGGGAUGCCAUCAAGAGAGGCUAUGAUGACCUUCAGACCAUUGUCCCCACCUGCCAGCAGCAGGACUUCUCUAUUGGCUCCCAAAAGCUCAGCAAAGCCAUCGUUCUACAAAAGACCAUUGACUACAUCCAGUUUUUGCACAAGGAAAAGAAAAAGCAGGAGGAGGAGGUGACCACGCUACGCAAGGACGUCACAGCUCUAAAGAUCAUGAAAGUGAACUAUGAGCAGAUUGUGAAGGCACACCAGGACAACCCCCAUGAAGGGGAGGACCAGGUCUCCGACCAGGUCAAGUUCAACGUGUUUCAAGGCAUCAUGGACUCUCUGUUCCAGUCCUUUAAUGCCUCCAUCUCUGUGGCCAGCUUCCAGGAGCUGUCGGCCUGUGUCUUCAGCUGGAUUGAGGAGCACUGUAAGCCACAGACCCUACGGGAGAUUGUGAUCGGCGUCCUGCACCAAUUGAAAAACCAGCUUUACUGACUGGCUCGUGGAAACCUGUGUUAACAGCCAGCAAGAGGCCUUUGAGUCUCUAUUUGGCCAUGGAGCUGCUGGGCCCAUGAGCUUGGACUGCAACACCUCACACUGGUCAGCUGGUUUCUGCUGGGUGUUUGGUUUUCCUAGCCUCACUUCAUGAUCAGUGGGGCUGGGGUGUUUGUUUUGUGAAAGCUUCUGAUUAAUUUAUUAUUUUGACCAUAAAACUCGAACCUGCCCAGUCUUUCCUCUCCCUUUGGAAGUCCUCACAGGAUCAGAGUUUGCUCUGGGCACCCCAAAGCGAUUCUGGCCUCUUAGUCCUCUCUCUAAGCCUCAGUCUUCUGCUCUUGAUCUACAUAUAUUUAGAAACUGUU